UUCUGAAUACCAGGCGCUGCCCCUGGGCUUUCUGUUCUGUUGUAGAGCCCAGUUACCAGAAUAUUUAAAUCACGGUGGCGUUAAACACGUUUUAAUAUCUGAUAGGGCCAGUUUCUGCGCAUUGCACAUUUUUUUUUUUUCUCUUUCAGGAACGUGUUCGGGCCCGCGGCAGGGGGCGGGGUCGCGCCUCCUCCGCGGCUCUGGUUCCAGUGGAGCCUCACGGACGCGGAGAUGGAAAUCCCGAGGCUGCUCCCGGCUCGCGGGACGCGACAGGGCGGCGGCGCUGGCAGCCCCGGGGGUGGCGGCCGGAUCCACGGAGGUCCUGACCCGCGGGCCGGACAGGCCCCCGCGCGCCGCCUCCUGCUGCUCCGGGGCCCCCAAGAUGGCGGGCCCGGGCGGCGGCGUGAGGAGGCCCGCGCGGCCUCCCCCGGCCCGGGCCCGGGCCCGAGCCCGUUGGCGCCGAGGCCCGAUCACGCUGGUGGCGGCGGUGGCGGCGGUGGCGGUGGUGGCGGCAGCUGCGGCGGUGGCGGCAGCGGCAGCGAUGACUUCUUCCUGGUGCUGCUGGACCCGGUGGGUGGAGACGUAGAGACCGCGGGCGCCGGCCAGGCCGCAGGGCCCGUGUGGAGGGAGGAGGCCGGGCUGGGCCCACGGCUCCAGGGGGACGAAAGCGGCGCGAACCCCGAGGGCCGCCCUUGCCUGGGCCCCAGUAGCCUGUCCGCUAUCCCUGCCCCAGUCCCGGCGCUGGCCCCGAUCCCCGCCGCAGGCCUGGGCCCCGCUGCGGCCUUCGCGGGCACCGUCACUAUUCACAACCAAAACCUGCUGUUGCGCUUCGAGAACGGCGUCCUCACCCUGGCCACGCCCCCACCGCCAGCCUGGGCUCCUGGGGUCGCCCCUGCCCCGCAGCCCGGGGGUCUGAUCGUCCCGCCAGCGGGGAUCCCGCACGCCGCGCAGCCUGGCGACUGUCCUGAGCUGCCGCCUGACCUCCUGCUGGCGGAGCGGGCCGAACCCGCGCCCGCCCCUGCUCCCGAGGAGGAAGCAGAGGGCCCGGCUGCUGCUGCGAGCCCCCGCGGGCCCGGCGGCCCGGGCCAGGGCGUGGUGCUGUACCUGUGUCCUGAGGCGCAGUGCGGACAAACCUUCGCCAAGAAGCACCAGCUAAAGGUGCACCUGCUGACGCACAGCAGCAGCCAGGGCCAGCGGCCCUUCAAGUGCCCCCUGGGCGGCUGCGGCUGGACCUUUACCACCUCCUACAAGCUCAAAAGGCACCUGCAGUCGCACGACAAACUGAGGCCCUUCGGCUGUCCGGCAGAGGGCUGUGGCAAGAGCUUCACCACCGUGUAUAACCUCAAAGCGCACAUGAAGGGCCACGAGCAGGAGAACUCAUUCAAAUGCGAGGUCUGCGAGGAGACCUUCCCCACGCAAGCCAAGCUCAGUGCCCACCAGCGCAGCCACUUCGAGCCUGAGAGGCCCUACCAGUGCGCGUUUUCUGGCUGCAAGAAGACGUUUAUCACAGUGAGUGCCCUGUUUUCUCAUAACCGCGCCCACUUCAGGGAACAGGAACUCUUUUCCUGCUCCUUUCCUGGCUGCAGCAAACAGUACGACAAGGCUUGUCGGCUGAAAAUUCACCUUCGGAGCCACACCGGCGAGAGACCGUUCCUUUGUGACUUUGAGGGCUGUGGCUGGAACUUCACCAGCAUGUCCAAACUCCUAAGGCACAAAAGGAAGCACGACGAUGACCGGAGGUUCAUGUGCCCUGUGGAAGGCUGUGGGAAAUCUUUCACAAGGGCCGAACACCUGAAAGGCCACAGCAUAACCCACUUGGGUACAAAGCCUUUUGUGUGCCCUGUGGAAGGCUGCUGUGCCAGGUUCUCUGCUCGCAGUAGUCUCUACAUUCACUCCAAGAAACACUUGCAGGAUGUGGACACUUGGAAAAGCCGAUGCCCGGUCUCCACUUGUAAUAAACUCUUCACAUCCAAGCAUAGCAUGAAGACCCACAUGGCCAAAAGGCACAACCUCCGCCAGGAUCUCUUAGCUCAGCUAGAAGCUGCAAAUUCUCUUACGCCUAGCAGUGAACUUACCAGCCAGGGGCAGAAUGACCUCAGUGAUGCAGAGCUAGUGUCUCUCUUCUCUGAUGUGCCUGGUAAUAGUUCUGCUGCAGUGCUGGACACGGCAUUGGUGAACUCUGGAAUCCUGACUAUUGAUGUGGCUUCUGUGAACUCAACUCUGGCAGGGAACCUCCCUGCCAAUAAUAAUAAUUCCUUAGGGCAGGCUGUGGACCCUCCGGCCUUGAUGGCCACCAGCGACCUUCCUCAAAGUCUGGAUACCUCACUCUUUUUUGGAACGACAGCUGCCGGUUUUCAGCAGAGCCCCUUAGAUAUGGAUGACGUCUCAAGUCUAAGUGCGGGGUCCUUGGGAUCUCUGGGCUCUUUGGCUAUGAAAAACUCGAGUCAAGAGCCCCAAGCUUUGACCCCCAGCAGCAAGCUAACAGUAGACACAGAUGCUCUGACUCCUUCAAGCACCCUUUGUGAAAACAGUGUCUCAGAACUACUUCCGCCAACCAAAACGGAAUGGAGUGUACAUCCUGGCUCCGACUUCUUUGGACAGGAGGAAGAAACCCAGUUUGGAUUCUCCAAUCCAGCAGGAAACCAUGGGUCUCAGAAAGAAACAGACCUUAUCACAGUGACUGGCAGCUCAUUUUUGGUAUGAACUAAACUCUAUUCAUUCCUUGCCACAUGGCUUACUUUUAUUGAUGAUACUCAAUUUUAAGAAUAUUCUGGACUAAAUGUUUAAAUGCAGUUAUUUCUUACAGGUUUGAAAAAGAACAGAGCCCUGGGCUAGAAUUUUGGAGAUUUAAAUUGUGAUCUUGAGCCUGGAACUGGGACAAGUUGUGUGUACCUGAGCAAGUCACUUACGUAUCUGAGCCUUAAUUCCCCUAAUUUAUAAAAUGAGGUGAUUUGAAUAGAUCGUUUCUAAGGUCUUUUCAGCUCUGUAAUUUCUUUAUAAUAUACUUGUUUCCUUGAAAGAAUUAGGACAUUUUUCAAGGAUGUUGCAUGUGCUUUUUUUUCCAAACAUGCAUAAAGUACACAUAAUUGUAUAAUGAACAUUCAUGUACUUGACCCCCAGUUUCAGUUGUUAUCAAUUCAUGAACAUUCUUGUUUACCUAAUCUCCAUUUCACCCUCUUCCAGUAUUAUUUUGAAAUAAAUACCAGACAUUGCAUCAUUUAA